AUGGGCAUUCUCUCGUGCCCUAGCGACCCAACAAACGCUGCAGCAGCAGCAGCAGACCUAGCAGCUGAAAAUGCUACUGGCGUUUCGACAUCAGCAGAAACAGCAAAUACGUCUGUCCCCUCGGGUUCGAUGGAGCUGGAACAUGCGGAGGCCUUCCCACAUCAUGACGCUUCAGAUGAAGACCAACUUGCCCCCCCAACCUGGGGAGCCUGCGACAGCGAGAAGCAACAUAUGCUGGAUGCAAAAAACGACGGAAUUCCAGCGUGCGGUGACCAGUCCGCUCCGGGGAACGACGAGCAGCGGUUUACGCAACAAGAGGAAGUUGACACAUGCCUCAAGAAGGAAGGUUCUGCUGAGUGCACUACAUGCGGAGAGGAUUUAUCGAAGGUCGGCAAUUCCCAGAAAGGGAGAGCAGGAAUCUGCGAGGCGUGCAGCGGCAAAAUACAGACAAGCAGUGUGCCGAACGAAAUGCAUGGAGAGGAACCAUUUGAGCCGCACUCUCAGGUCGAGGCAUCCUCCGUAGCGACCGCCGUCGAAGACACAGGGGCCACCUCCAACCGUCAUCAAGGGCAGGCGGAAGUGGCCGACGAGGCAGAAAAAUCGCCAGCGGCUUCGCGCAACAGCAGCAGCAGCAACGGUAGCAGCGGAUCAAGCACGUCGUCGACGCGUGGGCGGAGUGCAUCUGGCGCGGGCAGCACAGCGGGAUCUGCAGCAACAGCAGGAGCAACAGCAACAGGAGCGGCAUCAGGAGCAGCAACAGCAGCAGCUGCGCCUCGUAAGUGCAUUGAUGAGGGUUCUGCUCGGCGGCACGUGGUUCCCGUGGGGCCGCGCCACCAGGUUCCUUGCCUACCCCCUUUCUUUCUAGAGAACGGAGGGUUUGGGUGCUGCUGCGGGGAGCCUUCCCCUGCUCUAGACCCAAGUUUAACGGCGAAACUAGUUUAUUCUCCCUCUUCUUUAGAGAGGGUGAGACAAAGGAGGCUUGCUGAGGGGCUGGCGGACCGGGCGAUUUGCACCGAAGGAGACAUGGAAGCAUUUAUGCAGCAAUGCGCGAAGAACUGGAAAGGCAAUAAACCCGGCUGGCAGCCUUUCAGCCCCGAGUUUGCCUUCAAGCUGCUGCACUACGCUGGUUACGACCCCGCCAAGGCGUUGCAGCUGAUGGAGGAUCCGCAGUUCUCUUUCCAGCUCGUCUGCGAUGGACCUGUGAGGCGCUACGACAACAAAUGGAGGCCAAAAGACAGGAGAGGAGUCAUCUCCCCCACACCCUACCCUCCGCCAGUGUUCCUCAGGGGCUAUCUGUCACGCAGGCACUACAGAGAGAGCACGGGUUACUCCCUUCGCUAG